GAACUUCGUCGCCGAGGUAGUACUGCUCAGGACGGGCAUCAUGACGGUCGAGGAGUUCGUAGAGGUUGGGUUGGUCGCGGUGUUAGAUCCCAGGAUCGCGGAAGUUCGCACGGUGCGGAGUCCCGGGACCAUGGAGGCCGGCGCAGUGGUGGAUUCCAAGGCCGUGGAAGCCCAAUUGGUGAACGUAGAGAACUGAUUGGGGACAGGAGUUGGCGUCAAUAUCGUGGAGGUCGGGGUGGUGGCGUACGGCAGAGUAGUCAACAAACCAGUGACUUUCGGAGUUGUAGUGAUGGUAGGACUGUCGAUGUUCGGACCAGAGGAAGAGCUUGGUCAAGAGUUUCUACGCCGUCCCCUCAGAUGGUUUCAGUGCCUUUCGUUGCGGAAGGCGACAGUGGGUCCUCUCUGCAGCCUUCUGCUGCACAGCUGCCUGAUAACUUCAAUUUUUCUAGACCAGUGACAUUAAAAAAAGGAAGGAAGCUUCCUUCGCGUCCUGAUUGGGGCGCUGUUGGAAAGAAAAUUAAUGUUAUAGUGAAUUGCUGGGAUCUUUUUUUACCGAAUGUUUCGGUGUUGAUGUACGACAUAACGCUGAAGAAAAUAGUAACCACAUAUGCGAAGGAGUACUUUGUCAACGAAAAGGCCAUAGGCAAGUAUGUAAAGGCGAUUGCUGAGGGGAUGAACGGUGUGGUCUUUCCCGAUGGCGGUCGAAUUUUGUAUUCCCUGGAGCCUUUGGAUCAGUCCGAAAGUAACAUUCUAGAAUACACAAAGGAAAUAGCAGACCCCUAUGGAAGCGAUAAGUUGACGGUAGAGUUUACAGCAAAAAAGAUUGGCGAAGUUUCAACCAGCCUUAUCUAUCAAUAUCUCGAUGGUGGACGUUCCAAUACCUCAGAGAUGCCACAGUCUGCCAUUAAUAUGCUGGAUAGCCUUAUCAAAUGGGUUAAUAGGAGAAGAUUUCCUUGGUGGUCGAAGUCGGCCAUUUUCGGUAAAUCGUCGGUUAGACCUUCGCGGUCAAACCUAUUUCAUAUUCAUCCUGGAUAUUCGCUGAGCUUUCGGCCGCAGUGGAAGUGUCGUUUGAAUAUAGAUAUGGUGCACAGAGCUUUUUUCCCUCCUGGCAACUUGGCGGAAACUUUAAUGAAGAGAUAUGGGGAUGAUAUUUGUUCCCCAGAAUUGCAGAACACGAUUCUAAACGAAAUACUAUUUCUUCGGAUUGAGGCCAGUCAUUACAUAAAUGAAGUUUCAGGCAAACGCUACAAGAAGCAAUUAGUGGUACAUGGAUUGUCGGAAAAAUCGGCUAAUGAGGAAAUGAUUGUGGAACGAGGAGAAUCGAUUACUGAAUACUUCAAGAACAGGUAUAACAUAACGCUAAAACACCCAAAAUUUCCAUGCGUGAAGGUGAGUCGCUGGACGAAGAAAGAUCGGGAUGAAUUUAUUCCCAUGGAAUUGUUGACUGUCUUACCAUUCCAAGGCAGCAGAUCGGAUCCUGGAGUGCUUGCUACCUGCAUGAUUAAAAAUACGGCUGUCUCACCGAGUGGACGUUUCGGUUAUUUGGAAAAAUUUGUCAAAGCUCUGAAUUGGGAUUGGAGCUCAAAAUCGCGAUUCAAUUUGCACCUAACGAGUGAAAAUCCAGUUGUGGUUGAGGCGAGGGAACUGCCACAACCAACAGGAUGCUUUUCGGCUAAUAAAAUGGCGGAACUUCGGCGGGGAGUGUGGUCCCAUCGACCCUUUUACCGACCCUUUCCUGAAAUGAUUAGAUGCAUGAUUGUCACCGUGUAUCCCGUUUCGUCCGAGAAGGUAAACCCUGCCUCCGCGGGACUGAUAGAGGCAGCAGAUGGUUUAGGUGUCCGAAUGAUAAUAGCGGAAGUCAGAUCGGUAGAGCGAUGGCAAUUGGAAACGUUGUUUCAAGAAUUUAUUGAAAAGGGCUUAGAUUUGGCACUUUUCGUCAUAGAUGGAGCUCAAGAAUAUUCACAGAUUAAGCGCUUGGGCGAGCUGCGCAACUCUGUAUGCACUCAAUGCGUAAGGCUUAAAUCGCUGGGUAGACGAGAUGUUUUUCGCAAUCUGAUGCUGAAGAUAAAUGCAAAGAUGGGUGGCAUCAAUUGGUUGGUGAAGGACCUGACUGAAGUAUGGAAGGAUGAAAAGGUAAUGGUUGUCGGUGCCGAUGUCACUCAUCCCACUGGCAAUAGUCAAGACUUGAGUACAUCAGUUGCCGCGGUCAUCGCCUCAAUUUCGCCCGAUUUCAUGCGCUAUGUGACCAUCAUUCGUCAACAGGAUCAAAUAAGAGAGGACAAAGUUGUUCGCGAAUACAUCGAUAAAAUAGACGAAGUUUUCCUCGAACUUUUAAAGGCAUGCAAAAGUCCUUCUUUUAUAUUUGGGAAGCAUAAUAACGGUUGCCUUCCAACGAGAGUGAUUUUCUACCGAGACGGUGUUUCGGAGGGACAGUUUGAGUCCGUUCUGCGAAUUGAACUCGCUGGCAUGCAAAAAGCUUGUUCCGACCUCAGGCCCGAUUAUGAACCAGGAAUAACAUUUAUAGUGGUGCAAAAACGUCACCGCAUAAGAUUUGUUCAAGAGGCGCAGGUGCUAAGGAACGUUGAAGCUGGCACAGUUGUUGACACAGAAAUCACAAAUCAUCGUGAAUUUGAUUUCUACCUUUGUUCACAUGUGGGGAUCCAGGGGACAUCAAAACCUGUACACUAUCACGUUCUCCACGAUGACAAUGGUUUGAAUUCAGAUGAGCUCCAAAAAUUUACAUAUUAUCUGUGCCAUGCGUACAUGCGAUGCUGCCGUAGUGUGUCGUACCCGGCUCCCACGUACUACUCGCACUUGGCAGCCUUCCGUGCACGCGAUUGGCUAAGAUUUUUGGAUAAUAAGGGGGACAUUAUGGAUGGCAAUUACUUCCUAAUUCAUCCAAACCAAAAGGAACAAAUGUUCUUUCUGUGA